ACAGACCCGUACGUACACCUUAACACACAGUGCUGACAGUAACAAAUUGAACUUUCAACGCGUAAGGUGGUCGUGUGAUCGUAGGGCCAGUGUCAACCAUGGGAUGCGCCGGAUCAAAACACCAGGAGCCAAAGAAGGAGAAAAAGAAAUCCACUACCGAAAUAGUUACGGACGCGCGAGCUACAAGCACAUCAGCGUUGCUAGUGACUAAGGAAACCAAAGUCACACAUCAAGUGCACAGAACAAUAACCAGCAGUUCGAACAAUGCAAGAACCUCACAAACUAUCGCUACUGCUGCUAACACCACCACAACAACCAAUUUACCGACGCGCACAUACACACAAGUGUAUGAGUGGCCUACGCUUACUAGGUCUGUCGAUGCGUCUCGGCCGUUCAGCUACCUUCAGCCAGCUGCAAAUUUCCAAGCAAAUUCUACAUCGUCAGCUUCUAGGAAUACUACUCAACCUGUAAAAUCCCGUACGUAUGAUCUGUCAAAAAAUGCUUAUGUGUUGGUGUUCCAUCAUGACCAGUUCGAAAACCCAACAAAUAACAGAGAGGGCAGUGCAAAUGACCUGAAACAAAUAAAAGAGUUUUGCCAGCACUAUCGAUGCGAUAGGCUAGACAUCAACGAAAAUAAAACCAAAGCUGAGGUUAAGCGUAAAAUGGGAGAAAUUUCCAGGAAAGAUUUCACCAAAAACAGCUGCCUGAUCGUGUUCAUCAUGAGCCACGGAAGUGCAAACGAUACAAUUAUGGCAAAGGAUGGACAGUUCUACUCGUUUCAAGAUGAUGUAGUGGAGUACUGCACCAGUAACCGCACUUUAAACGAUAAACCCAAACUAUUUGUUCUGCAAGCUUGUCGAGGGGAUGCGACCAUGGUGGCCGAUGCGACACCCUCGAUGAGCUACAAAGGCGAUAUAAUUAUCUUUCAAAGCUCAUACCAAGGAGCUGUAUCGUUUCGGAACACGCAAAGCGGUAGCUUUUUUAUGCAAGCUUUCCUACGAUUGGCGCACGAGCACAACGGUGAGAGUAUUGUCAAGAUUAAUCCCCUGCUCAAUCAGGAGUUUACUAAUAGGAAAAUCCAGCAAACACCAACACUCAUGACGACCUUGCGGAAGGAUUUUAUAUUACGUCAUUUGCUUAAGUGAAAUACACAUCACGUUAUGUGAGUCUUUGUGACGUAUUGUCGUGGCAUUCUGAAAGUCAUUUAAGCCGCGACAUUACACUGUUACAGCGAUCCGAUAAAGUGUAACGCGUAUUUUAUGGAAGACAGUGUGAAACCUUGCUUGCAAGUUCAUUCAACCAUACCGGACAACAAAGCGGACAACAACCUUCUCCUUAGGUUUGCUAUCAAUCGCAAUGAUAACUUUAUCUAGGUUCAAUGAGAUUAGAAACAAGUCUCCAGUUCACCACUGCUAUUAUUACAGAUUAUUUCAUAUUUUUAUUGUAUCUAUGCGUCAUUGCAUUUUUACAAACCUAAUACAUUUUAAUCUUACAGGGUUAGUCAUAUGAAUUGUUCUAUAAGCACAUGAAUAUUGGAAUCGUACAAGCACCAUGGUAAAGGUUUGCAAUCAUAGAAUGGAAUAUGACAAUCAAAAAAGGAAAUUCGGAAAUUUAAUUGUAAGGCCACGGCAGGAUUUCUUUAGUUCACACUGUAUCCAGAUGGAUUCCAGACAAAAACUAUUCAAAAUUAUGUUUUUUAAAGAAAAUAGCAUUGGUUUAACGUGGACGAUUACCACAGUUGAAGCUAAGUAAACGUACGCUUGUUAAAUUCUCCUAUUCGGUUGACAGAUUUCAUUAUAUGAUUGCAAGCUUUCCACUAAGAGAAUGCACUAUUUCAUUAUCAGCCACUUUCCCAAACUCGAUCGAAGAGAACCGAUAAUAGCAGUUGCCUAGAUACAGUAGUUGUUUUAUUCUAUUUCAUUAGUAUCCUGCAUAGUCACGCAUACAAUAUGACAAAAUGUUUAAAAAAAUCCAAGCAAACUACAAUUCCAUGUCAUUUUGACAAUCACUACGAUCGUUCUCGAAUUCGAUCGCGUUUGGGAAAGUGGCUGAAUAUGAUUCAAAGCCCUGUACAUGCUUUGACCAGUUUGCAACAACAACAACACAGGAGGAGAUUAAUUUCCUAAUGGAAUACAAUAAACACUUGUUUAAAGUGUUUUAUAUGCAAGGGUAACGCUUUGUAUAGCAUGAUACUCAUUUUUAUUUGAUUUUUUUAAAUUAAAACUAUCAACAUCAAUAUAACCGCGAAAAUGUUUUAAAGCUUUUUCAUUAUGUUCAUUGCGUUCAUUGUAUUGUAUUUUACAUGGAAUAGAGAAAAGUAAUUGAUCCUAUUUGUUGGAGUCCUAUUAUCCAGCAGCAAUUCUAAAAUAUAUCCUAAUCCCUUAAUUAAGUCUUGUGCAGAAAAUCCUACACUUUACGGAGCGUCAUUUCUUAGGCUCUUAUCGCUAUGAGUUAUGACUGAUCUGCGAAGGAGUAACACUGCUCCGUUCGAGGAAUAUAAACGGAGGGAAAGAUUCCGGUGUACCUUGCAGUACCAUUAUCCGGCUCAUGAAUGGCUUCGGCGAAGAUUAAUUAUCGACGAAUCAAUUAACAAUUAGCAAUGUAUUAUUCACGAAAUUGGGUUAAUUAGAGUUUACACUCGCGUAGUGACCCACUUUCCAAAGCACAUCGGGCGAAUGCUAAUGGCUGCACUAAGAUGCUGCGUGCUAUUGAUAUUCCUAAUGAUUCAUUGUGCUAUGUUAAGUUUUGUAGAAACUAAAAUAAAUGACGUUAAAACACA